AUUCGACUUUCUUCUUCUUUGUCUCCUCCUCCCUCCUAUCUGGGUUUCAGUUUUUGGAUUAAUGAAGAUACAAAUCUCAGAGUUAAAUUAAUUUAAGAUGUGUUGGAUAAUUUCUGGUCAUACCAAUAAUAAUAAUCAAUCCGAUUCAGAUUCACGGAUCUCUUCCAGGUUAAGGGACUUCCUUGCCAAGGAAUUUGGUUGUAUAGAAGGUCCACAAAUGUAGAUAUGUAUCUAAGAAUUCCACUUAAGUUAAAAGUUGUUACACUGGUGAGAAGUGAAACGAUAUGGUUUUGUAUCUGAAAACUCUAAGUAGAUGGAAGAAACACGAGAAGAUUCAGGGUCAGUGGAAGCUGGGACUUCUGGCGCCGCUUGGUGGUCAUCAAAUUUCAUGGAAAAAUUCAGGUCCGUCUCUCUGGCUUCUCAAGAUGAGACUCUGAGCAGUGAAGAUUCAAGGUGCUAUGGAGAACAGGAUGAGGUGUCAUCUCAGACGGAAUCACAGAUUUUAUGGAGAACUGGAACAUUUUCUGGACCACUUUGUAACGGUUUCUACUCUGUCAUUCCGGAAAAUAUAUAUAAGGAGCUAUUUGACAAUAUUCCUUCUCCAGAUGAGCUUUAUGCUUUGGGAGUUGAGGGUCUUAGAGCUGAAAUCAUUCUUGUAGAUACAGAAAAGGAUAAGAAGCUUUGUAUGCUAAAGAACCUUAUCGUGGCGCUGGCUAAAGGAUUGAAUUCGAAUCCCCCUGCAUUAAUUAAAAAGAUUGCUGGGUUGGUUUCUGAUUUUUAUAAACGACCAACUUCUGAACCAAGUCCAUCAAAGGCUGCAGCUGAUGAAAUCUCUCAUUUCUCAGAGAAUCGAGGUGUUCAGCUACUGGGGCAGAUUAGGAAUGGUUCAUGCCGAGCUCGUUCAAUAUUGUUCAAAGUUCUUGCAGACACUGUAGGUCUUGAGAGCAGACUCAUGGUGGGUCUGCCUAACGAUGGAGCUAUUCAACACACAGACUCAUACAAGCAUAUGUCAGUGCUAGUUGUUCUGAAUUCAGUAGAACUACUGGUCGAUCUCGUUCGUUUUCCUGGCAAACUAAUACCUUGCUCGACUAGGGCCGUACUUAUGUCUCAUAUUUCUGCUGCUGGGGAGAGUGAUUCUGCAGAGAAUGACUCCUGUGAUUCACCCCUUGAACCAAAUAGCCCUUUGUAUGGGUUUUCUGAAAGAGCUGAAAUAGAUAGUGCUGAGCAAGAUGAAACCCUUCAAUCUUUACGCCAGCGCAGGCUAGAAGCAUCUUCAAAUGCAUUAGGUCCUUCAUUACGAAAUAUAAUGAUGCGACCUACAAACUCAAUCGACAGAUCAUUAAGCAUAUCUCAUAGUGAACCCAAUAUUGCUAACACGUUCUGGAGACGCAGUCGGAGAAAAGUCAUUGCUGAGCAACGGACGGCUAGUUCAAGUCCAGAGCAUCCUUUGCUUCGAGCACGUGGACGCUCUAUGCUUGGUGGCCACAGACAAUCAUUUAGGGACUAUGCUGAUGACAUGAAUUCUGCAACAAGUUACAGGUCAGAAGGAGCACCUACGUUAGAAUCUCGAAGAAUGAGGAGGCGGAGCAUUAGUUUUACUCCAGAGAUUGGUGAUGAUAUUGUAAGGGCUGUGCGAGCAAUGAAUGAAAAACUCAAACAACAGCGUCUUUUGAAAGAACAAGGUGAUGAAGGAUCAGCUUCUUAUUCUACAGAGAACAAUGCUAGUCUUCAAAACGUAUCAAAUUUCGAUGCAGAUGGCAAUGACGAAGUUUCCGUUGGAAGUCCUGCCCCUUACGAUAUUUGUAGGAAGCAAUUCAGUUCCCAGAAGGCAAUAUCACUACCCUCGUCACCUCACCAAUUCAGGGGUCAGUCAUCCGACAGAAGUGAGCCUACCACCAUGGUUAGAAAUCCCAGAUUGAUCUCGACAUGGAACAAAGUGUUAGAAUCCUCAAAGUUUCAAAACAAUCCCGUGUUGCCUUUUCAUGAAUGGAAUAUUGAUUUCUCGGAAUUAACUGUUGGAAUUCGUGUUGGGAUUGGAUUCUUUGGGGAAGUUUUUCGUGGAAUUUGGAAUGGAACUGAUGUUGCAAUCAAGAUUUUCCUAGAGCAAGAUUUGACAACAGAAAAUAUGGAGGACUUCUGCAAUGAAAUUUCGAUUCUAAGCCGGCUUCGACAUCCGAAUGUAAUCCUGUUCCUGGGGGCAUGCAUGAAUCUUAGUCAUUUAUCAUUUGUUACCGAGUACAUGGAGAUGGGAUCUCUUUAUUAUUUGAUCCACAUGAGUGGCCAGAAGAAGAAACUUAGCUGGCGUAAGAGGUUGAAGAUGAUGUGCGACAUAACCAGGGGGUUGAUGUGCAUACACCGAAUGAAAAUCGUUCACCGUGAUCUAAAAAGUGCAAAUUGCCUUGUAAACAAACACUGGACUGUUAAGAUUUGUGAUUUCGGGCUGUCACGAGUAAUGACAGAAGUUCCAAUGAGAGAUUCAGCAUCUGCAGGAACUCCAGAAUGGAUGGCUCCCGAACUCAUCCGCAAUGAACCUUUCACAGAGAAAUGUGAUGUCUUUAGCCUCGGCGUGAUAAUUUGGGAGCUGUGCACCCUAAAUAGGCCAUGGGAGGGAAUACCAUCAAUGCAAGUUGUUUAUGCAGUUGCUAAUGAGGGAUCACGUCUAGAGAUUCCUGAAGGUCCCCUCAGCAAGUUGAUUGCAGAUUGCUGGGCCGAACCAGAUGAUAGGCCGAACUGCGAGGAAAUCCUUUCUCGCUUGGUUAGCUGUGAGCUCAUGGAGUGCUGAUUUGAUUUAUCAUUUGUAUAGAAACAUCAUACUAGAGAUUUUGAAACUUGAUCAUCUCAAGUUGUAAAGUAAAUCAUUGUUUUUGUACCAUUGCAUAAACAAAUAAUUAUCAUUUAUCAUCAAAUUUUCAGCCUCAAGUUUUCGAAUAAUCUCAUGGCAAAGCUGUGACUUUAAAAACAGUAGAAAAAUACAAGAUUCC